AUGGCUUCUACGGCAGAUUCUGCGGCCUCCAACAUGGAUCAGCAAGUCGAUCUUUCUACCAUUCCCAUCUCUCCAGACGGCGAUCGCAGUGGUGCCGAGUCCGCUAAGGAUAGUGGCAAGCUCGUUACUAUCUUCCACGACAAGGAGAACUUCAACGUAAAGCAUCAGCUCCAGAACAAGUGGACUUUGUGGUUCACCAAGCCCCUAGCGGCAAGGUAUGCGAUGGCCGCUUCCAGGUGCCCUCAACUAGGCAUCAUCCAUAAUGCUGAGUCUAAUGAAACUUGUGUGCAGGGCGAGAACUGGAAUGACCUACUGAAGAAGGUCAUCACUUUUGACUCCGUUGAAGAGUUCUGGGGCAUCUACAACAACAUUGUCCCCGUGUCCGAGCUAUCCCUCAAGGCGGAUUACCACCUUUUCAAGGAGGGCGUUCGCCCAGAAUGGGAGGACCCCCAAAACAAGCAUGGUGGCAAGUGGUCAUAUCAGUACAAGGACAAGCGAAACAUUGACAUUGAUUCGCUAUGGCUUCACGUUAUGCUGGCCGCCAUCGGCGAAACUCUUGAGGACGAAGAUGAUGGUGAGGUGAUGGGUGUCGUUGUCAACGUCCGAAAGGGCUUUUACCGUAUCGGCGUCUGGACUCGUACAAUCGGAAAGCACAUUCCCAACCGUGGAGAUGGAGACGUGGCCGGCGGCAAGGGUAGGACCCCAGCCAAGGGCCAGGAGGUUCUCUUGACCAUUGGUCGCAAGUUCAAGGAAAUCCUCAAGCUCCCCAACACUGAGGCGGUUGAGUUCUCUGGCCAUACCGACAGCGCGCACAGUGGCAGUACUCGAGCCAAGUCCAAGUUCGUGGUCUAA